GGUAGGAGGAGAUGAGGAUGACACCUCCUUCACGCCAGGAAAAAGAUUCCUCUAAGUAUAUAACUCAUUCGACAGUGCACUCGCUGCAGCGGCCGCUUCGACGUGCGGAAAGCUGAACAGCAAUUUCGGAGAGUGUUAUCUUUGGCGAACCAGUAGGACUUACGUGCAGUAUUCUACGCGUUGGUUUCACUGCGUAUCUUCUUCAGAGAGAUUUACAAUUAUCUACGCGUGGAAUCAAUGUUUCAACGGUGAAGUGACCAGUCAGUGCAAAGAUGGAAUACAGCACUAUAUUCUUUGUUACGUCAACUCCGAUGAGUUUAACGAAUUGAAGCAGCACCAUUGACAACGGACGGACUACUCUAGGAGAAUUGUAAAAUUCAGGACGCCCGUAGUUCGUUGAUAAUUAACAAACAGUUCAAAGGAUAAUAUUGCUCGAGGAAUACUAUAAGAUGAAGACGGAGAACGGCGGUUCCGGUCAAAUGAACUCCAAUAUGGAACAACGUCUAAGGAGUCCAAAGUGUGCUAGAUGUCGAAACCACGGCGUGAUUUCCGGUCUGAAAGGCCACAAACGGUCGUGCGCGUGGAAGGAUUGCCGUUGCCCCUGUUGUUUGCUCGUGGUGGAAAGACAACGCGUGAUGGCAGCGCAGGUCGCGCUGAGAAGACAACAGCAGGCCCAAGGGAAUUAUUUUGGUGAAAACGUCCCGGCGAUGUGUCACACGCCCCUAGAUGCUUCCGCUUCACCGUAUCUAUUGAAAACCGAGCAGAAUCCUGUUUGCCGCAGAACAAAGAACUUUCAGCGUCAUCAUUUGCAUUUCACGCAGACCAGCAUUAGCGUGACACAAGGAUUUUACGGAUUAAAGGCGAUUCACGGUUUACCUACGGCAUUUACCGCAGACACGCCUUUGUUGAAUGGUUUGUCCCAUGAUCAGCAGAACUCUGAAGCACCUAAGAAAUUAAAAUCUGUUCCAACCACAUAUUCUGCGAUUCCGUGGUUCGAAAAUGUUUCAGAGCCGCGGAAGAUUAAGAAGAAUUUUAAUAACUUCACUUCCGCCGUCACGGAUCUCAGCGAUAUCUCUACGGCCACCGCUGAAUCUUGCCUGGAGAAGAAAUCAACAAUUUCGUUUAGCGUAGAAUCUAUCAUCGGAACAAAGUGAUAUGAAACGACUGAUUUAUUUUUAGCUGAAGAUCGCACGUCAUUAUUGUAAAUAGAACUCACCUUUCUGAUUUAUCUAAGCUUAAUUACUUAUAUAGAAUAAACCAAAGCAUGAACAAUUUUUUAAGAGUUGUCUUUUUAAGUCUGCAGUGCUUCUAUUAUUGCAUAUCACGUUUAAGUUAGACAAUUGCUAAUGCAUUACAUAUAUUUAAAAUACAUUAUUGUACAUUAACAUCGCGAUAAACUUAUUUACUGCAUAAUUGUGUAAUAUUGUAUAAAAACUGAAGCAUUAUACGUUAUUGUUAUCGUUGAAAAAUCUUUAAACGCAUUAAACAUAUUUAAAUAACAAAUAUACAGAUACAACAUACCCUGUAGUCAGUGUAAAAAUAAACUAAAUAAAUGUGAACACAUAUUAAGGACUGUGUGUUAUUACGUUAUAUAUUUACACUACUUUAACCGAGAAAAUGAAGUCUAACGGAGCAUCAUUUGU